GAAAGGAGGGGAAGAUCCAUCCAUGUACAUGGAGGAGGGCUUGGAAGAGUACGACAACGUGACGGAGAGCGCCAUCUUCGGCGCCUCGCUGACACCGCCUGCGCUGCCCCUUUUCAAAGGUCCUCCUCCGAGCUGGGUCCUCCUCGACGUCUCCGCCUACAUAGCCGACGGCGGCGCCGCCACCGCCGGCACCACCGCCAAGUCCAGGACCAGGGGAGGCCAUGCCAUAGAGGUCACCAUGAUCGCCGCCCGCCCGCCGCUGGUCUCCCACAUCCGCGUCAACUGCCCCGGCCUCAAGCCCACACGCUUCGCCAUCGAGCCCAGGAUCUUCGCCGCCGCGGAUGGCCUCUUCUUGCUCGGCGUCGCCAUCGGCCACCGGUCCCUGUGCACCCAGCCGGGCAUGUUCGACUACUUCGUCUACCAGCCCGCCGCGCGCUCGCUCACGUCUCUCCCGCGCCCUCAUGGCCGCUUCGGUCUCAGGGACGUCGCCCUCCUGCGCUGCAGCCCGAACAGCUCCUCCUACAUCAUUGCGUUCCUCGAGGGCACACGGGGCAUGGCGUAUGAGCUCCACCGCUUCCACUCCGAGACCAACACCUGGACCAAGAGCAAGCUGGAGCUUGGUGCCACUGCCAUGAACCCUGCCAUGGACUCCGUCUUCUUCUCCACUAGCAAGGUGUUCACUCUCGGCGGUGGUUUCGUGGGCUGGGCCGACCUCUGGCGCGGCGUCCUGCUCUGCGACGUGCUCCUCGACGACCCGGAGCUCCGCUACGUCCCCUUGCCGCAUGCCUUCGGUGAGCGCAAGUGGGACGCCGUCAUAACCAGGGACAUCGCCGUUGUCGACCAAGGUUGCAUCAAGUACGUCGACAAGCGGUCUGACGAGCACACUGGUGGUGGCUGGACACUCACCGCAUGGAGCAAGAAGAUCAACAGCAAGCCGUGGAAGGAGGAACAAUGGCGCCAGGACUGCGAGUUGAGAUCUUCUGAUGUCUCUGUCCUUUUGCCGCCACUGCCGAGGCCAUUCCAUGAGCUCAUGACAGGCCACCCCGUCAUAAGCUUGCGGGGCGACGACGUCGUCUACUUGAUGAGCAAAGAGAGCCUCAGGGACGACACGGCGUGGGUGGUCGCCGUCGACAUGAGGAGCAAGUCGUUGCAGGAAGUGGUUGAGUUUGGCGGUGCCCGGAGAUCAAUAGGCAUAAGCCUAUAUACAGAGCAGGAUCGACCUCUGGUCAUCCGAAGAUCACCCCAGGUAAUUCUAUCUUGAAUUAAUCAGUUCGAUCUUCGAUCACCUGCUAUUGCUCAUGCCUAAUCUGUUGGGCUUUUCUUAUCUGUACAAAUCCGACAAUUCGGUCGGUUGGCUCAUUUUAGUCGUUUUAGAACAUUUUGGAAGACAUCUGAAUGGUGGUGUAAUUGAUCAAUGCACAUUUAGGGGGUGGAAAAUCAUCCAUGAAUUUCAAACACAUAACUGGGGAACUAGAAACCGCUGCUGCAUGUGGCGGUAGCUUUUGUGUAAGAAGUCAGUUCAGAUGUUGUGUGAGACUGAGGUUAUAUACAUUGGCAUCAGACGCUGUUUAAUGUU